AUGUCUGUGGAAGAGACAAACCAUGACUACCUCGGUAAUAUUGUUACUGGAUGGUUGCACGAAGGCGAUUUUGGUGAGCCUGAUAGUCUUCUUCUUAUCACCGAUAACAGCGAAUAUGGUUUUGACCUCGCUUUGAUCUACCAGGAGGGUGGCUUAGUGCAAUCUCUCCGCCGCAAUUAUCAUCCUUAUACUGGAACUGAAAACGCUACUGACAAGGCGUCAUUGCUCCAGCAUGCCCUCGAGAUUAUUAAACUGCCGUUCGACUACGACUUUUACGAUAUACAGGUGCCACAGACUAUCAAUGAACUUGUAAUCUACGGCGAUAGUAUCUCGGAUCCUCACUUUCGAAGAAUUCUUGAUGCAACUCUAGACUCGCACCUAAUUCGGGAAGCACUCAUUCUGGAAGCAAAUGAAGCAACGCUCCCGCUCCCUGCAACCUUCUUCCGCAGCGAACCGGUCAUCAUUGUACUAGGUCUCUACCUCGUCCUGCUGUAUAUUCUGCUCUUUACUUUCUUAUCAGGCUUUGACUAUAUCUUCAAAGAGACGUACAAACUCAAGCCCGGAUACCAAAGCUCAUGCUUCGCUGCCAUUGCCGCGGGAGCUACGGCCUUUGCCGUUUGUGGACCUGGACUCUACGAGUGGGCAAGACAACAUACCGAACGGAUUAGAGGAGCACUUAUACAGCCAGAGUUCAGGCUCUGGCCAGCCAUUGUGACGGCUCCCUCCCUCCCGAUGGCACUAUUUUGGCUCGGCUGGACGAACUAUUCCACAAUUUCCAUCUGGAACGGACUUGGGGCUUGCUUCCUCUUCGGAAUCGUGCUGGCAUCUAUCUAUGUCAGUAGCUAUGAGUACAUCACUGAUAGUUACGGUGAGCAUUCCGCUAUAGCUUUGGGAAGUAUUACCAUGUCCCGUUACCUAAUCGCUGGCGGAAUGGAUAUGGCUGCGCGGCCGAUGUAUGAAGGUAUUGGAGUCCAUUGGACAAUGACAGUUCUAGGGUGCAUUGCAAUGUUGCUUAUGCCCACGCCGCUUCUGUUCUGGAAGUACGGUCCUGAACUAAGGCGCAGAAGUCCAUACGCAACCACUAACGUAUAA